ACAUUGUGAAAUGCAACGAAGAAGACUGACACCCAGGUAGUCAGGGCUUGGAGUUCCAAGCAGGCUUUGUAUUUCGGUCACUGGGGGUAAACAAGGCUCCAGUAGGUCCAGUGAGCCUGAGUCUUCACAACUACAGGAAACGCCUUGCAGCUGCAUAUUAGCGUUAUCAGACUUAUAAUAUUAAAAUCUGUGCUCCGAUGUCAAGAGGAAAACUUUUAGGAGGACUGUAGUCAGUACCUCCAACAGGGCAGUCCGGAUCUUUUUGUUUUUGUUGUUCACCACUGGAGACAAAUGGUUUUUAAGUCAUGGAUCAAGGUGUUGUGGACAGUCCUGCGGUUACCCUUGUCAUCAGGGCACCCAACCAGAUGUAUGAUGACCAGACCAUCAACUGUUGCCAGAAUUGGACUGUGAAGAAACUUAAAGCACACCUGUCAGAUGUAUACCCAAGCAAACCAAGCUCCAAAGACCAGAGGCUGGUGUAUUCUGGGAAGCUGCUUUUGGAUCACUUUACCUUAAAAGAUGUGCUCAGAAAGCAGGACGAGUACCAUAUGCUCCAUUUGGUGUGCGCCUUACAAACCCCUCCCAGCUCCCCAAAGCCCCCCUGCGGCCGCAGUAACAAGCCUCAGGAGAACUCCGCCGGUCCCACGCCCCUUCGAAACUCUACUAGUCCUUCCACUGGUCAUCGUAGCCAGUCAUCUGCAGGAGAGAGCAGUGAUGGACUCAGACAGCGAUCUGGACCCUUCCCUUACCACCAGAUGUAUCCACAAUUUAUGAUACACAACUGGAAUCAGUACUCCCCACAGUCAGCUCCUCCCACAAGCAUGCCCGCCUAUUACAACCCCAUGACACUAAUGUGGUGGCAGCAGUUAUAUGCCCGGCAAUACUACUUGCAUUAUCAGUUACUGGCUGCCUCCUAUCAACACCACAGGCCAGACCAGCCCUCGACUCACUCUAACCAGCCCGAACCUCUGACCCAGCGACCUCAGGCGGCUCGGGGCCGUGGCAACCAGGAAGUCCAGAUGAACGCCCAGGGAGGAGAGAUUAUGAACGAGGAGGAGCUGAACCGGGAUUGGCUGGACUGGGUGUACACAUUUUCACGUGCUGCGAUCCUACUCAGUAUAGUCUACUUCUACUCCUCCUUCAGCCGGUUUGUCAUGGUGAUGAUGGCCAUGCUAGUGCUUUACCUGCAUCAGGCCGGCUGGUUUCCCUUCAACCUGGAGAAUGAACUCCCCGAAGACAGAGCAAAUCAGGCUGAUAUGGAGGGAGAGCUACAAAACCACGACUUACAGGAAAUGGAAGGAGUGAUGGAUGACGGCUCGGACGAUGAUGGGGAAAGCGGAGAGGAAGGAGCAGAGGAUCCAAACAGCGCCCCCCACGCAGGCUUCCUGUCCUCCACGUGGUCGUUCAUUGUAACCUUCUUCAUGUCCCUCAUACCAGAGGGACCGCCAAACGCUGCUAACUGAACCACGAGCUGCCACAGGAGUACUUUCUUUCUUUAAGAAGACGAGUAUCCUACCUGCUUAGGGAACCUUUAUUCUGUUGCAGUACAGUGUUGUAGCUUCCCCAAUAGUGUCCUUUACUACGUAUGUAAGACUGAGCCGAAACACAAAUGACUGAUUUAACC